AUGAAGAUUCAAAUUCUCGUAACUCUUUUUAUAAUUUCUAUUAACUAUGUUUGUGCUGAGAAUCAAAGCCGAUAUUCGAUACUUGCCGAAGCUCUUGAAGAAUAUUUAUCAUCAAGAGCUUCAACAAGAACUGCGAGUCUCACUUUGGAACGAGAUGGAGAUAAUUUUCAAGCUACUUAUGAAGUGAAAGACUUUUUGGAUGAAUUUUUGAAAAAGAAAUUUACAAUUCCAAAGAUUGGCAUUCGAAUUGAAACUUUUGCAGUUCCAACAGAACACAAAAGAGUUUUUCAAACAUUUAUUGUAUCAUCUUAUGAAGGAUUAUCAAGGAUUCUUAAUGAGAGAUCAUUGAAGGNCAGUUUUCAUUGGCGACACUCUCAACAAUUUACCGAAACGAAACUUUGCGAGAUUUCUUCUCAUGAAUUUCAUAAUCUUCACGCUUAUUAUUCGAACUGUUUAUCAAGGCUCAUAUUUUCGUCAAAUGCGGACCUUCAGACAUCAUAA